AGUAGCUACAUUUCGACUAAACUGCAACAUGGCGACACCCAUGCACAGAAUUAUUGCCCGUCGGCAAGCGGAGGCAAAUAAACAACAUGUUCGGUGUCAGAAGUGUUUAGAGUUUGGACACUGGACGUAUGAGUGCACUGGUAAACGAAAAUACCUUCACAGGCCAUCAAGGACAACAGAAAUGAAAAAGAAACUGAAAGAAAAUGAAAAUAAACAGGUCAACACCACAGGACCAGGAAAGGAAAGCUCCAAUGAGAAAAAAACAAAGAAGAAAAGGUCAAGGGAUGCAAGUAGUAGUAGUAGUAGCAGCAGCAGCGAUUCUUCAAGUGACUCAUCGUCUGACAGUAGUGACUCCUCAAGCUCUUCGUCGGACGACAGUGACAGCAGUAGUGACAGUGCUGACAGCUCUAGCUCCUCUUCCUCCAGCAGCUCAAGCAGCUCGGCCUCUGAUUCAUCAAAAGGCAGUGACUCAGAUCAAGGUCCUCCCAAGAAGAAAAAGAAGAAGAAAUGAAGAAGAUUGAGCUGUAUUCUGUUCCACCAUGACAUUAACCUGAGCUCCACUCUGAGCCUGUAGCUGUUCAGGAGCUGUCUUACAAAGUAUACGGUGUAAAUUGUAAUUAACGAGCAGCAGGUUUGGGUAGGUUACUUUCUAAAUGUAAUCAGUUAAUUACUAGUUUGUUACCUGUCAAAUUGUAAUCAGUAACGUAAUCUGUUUACUUCCCCUAAAGAGGCAGUUAGAAAAGGGAUCCAUCAAACGCAUUUGGUGUGUCAUGGUAGUGGUCUCUGACUUGUGAUCAGACUUGCAAACUUAAACUUGCGCAUUUUUUAAAUGCUAAAUUGAAUGUCAUUAGUUAGGUUUCAGUCUAAUUGGCGACAGAUUUUCAUGUGAAUAUUAACAAAUCUGCAUAAAUAAAAUCUGGUCAUUUUCCCACCA